GGCCAAAGUUGGUCAAGCGCCCGCAAAUUGAACGACCACUACCACCACCAAAUACACAACACCACCACCACCUGCACCUGCAUUUUCCCUCCGCCGCGGCCCCCCAACCGAGCUCUACCAUUCCCACUCAACCACCCUCACGCAUCCACGGCAUUCGCGCGCAUUCCUCUCUGGCCUUUUCCCCCGGCCAGCCUUCCUUGCUCUCAACUGCAAUCCACCCCUCGCUUACACCCGAUUUUUUCCAUACGCCAUUCGCCUUCAAUGACCUUCGACUCUUUGUGCAGCAGCAAUACCUGGUUUGACGACCUCAAUGGCAGUCUCUGCCGCUUUGCCGCCUCACAUCCCUCACAUAACAAGAUCGCACCAACAAAACAUCCGUGGGAGGAGGAAUGGAGCAAUGGAUGAAAAAGCCGAAGCUCGGGGGGAGGAUGCGCUGCGGUCGCGCAUGAACGCGUUGAUUGGGUUCUGGGAGGCGCUGGGUGAUUGUCGCCACAGCGCUCCGAAAUGCUCGCUUGCUGGCAACGAGCAUGGUUUCUCCCCACGCAAGGAACUGAGCGCGCGAGAUUGUCGAAGACGAGAGAUUUUCAGGCCUUUCCAUACACCAACAACCGCGAUCGCACCGCCUCCACCCUACGAGGAGGCUCUGUCGGACGCGCCGCCCGACUACACUAAUACAAACGAACAGGCUGUGGCGCGAUUCAGCAAAGAUGGGGGCCUGAAAGAGAGCAACGGCGAAACACAACCAUUGAGCGCGCAUCCUGCUCCUCCACCCAGCGACGCCAAAGUCGACCUGUCCCAAAUUACAGGCAUUCGAUCCGCGGCGAGCAAGAAAGCAAAACAAGCCGCGAAGAAGGCGCAGAUGGAGAAGUGGGCAGACAGCGACAACGAAAACGGCCAAUCGGGCGGUGGCGAUGGAGGCGAGAAUGGUGGAGAGGGGAAUAAUGCAGGUGAUGGAGGAGCUGGUGCUGGUGGAGACGGCGGCGGCGGCGGCGAUCCUCCGGACGGCAAUGGCGGGGACGAUGGGGACGAUUGGUUCACCGGCUGGGGAUCCAGCAAGAAAGACAAGAAAAAGAAGAAGAAAGGCUGGUUCGACGACGACGAAGACACGAAGAAGGCCGAAGAGGAAGCGGCGAAGAAGGCGGAAGAAGAAGCUGCUGCUGCUGCUUCGAAAGCGACGGCCGAUGCCGAUGACGACUGGGCCGGCUUCUCUACCGCGAAAUCGAAGAAGAAGGGCAAGAAGAACAAGGAGCCUGAUCCAGAGCCAGAGCCGACUCCGUCCAAGGACAGCCUUGACCUUGGAACUGCAGCGCAGGCCGUCGAUGCGAACGCCGAAGACGAAUGGGGUGGCUUUUCGAGCAAGAAGAAGAAGGGCAAGAAGGGCAAGAACGACCCCGCCACCGACACCGCCGCAGACAAAGACAUGAAAUUCGACAGCAUCAACCUCAACGACGACGCCAAUGCCCCCAAACUAGACCUCAACUUCGGCCUGGACGCCGUGGACGACAAGAAGUCGAGUGGGGGCGGAGGCUUCAGUUUUGGCGGAGGCUGGGGCGGCGGAUGGGGCUUUGGCGGUCUGGACGACAAGAAGGACAAGGACAAGGACAAGGACGGCAAGGCUGCGGAGGACUCCGGCUGGAACUUCUCUUCGUCCUCCAAGAAGGACAAGGACAAGGACAAGAAGAAGUCGGGCUUCGACUUCAGCUUCGAUGGCUUAGGCGGCGACGACAGCCUUGACCUUGGCACAUCUGCCAAAGCGGACAAGGCUGUUGAAGAAGACCCUUGGUCUGCCGUCGGCUCCAAAUCCAAAGACAAGAAGAAGUCGAAGAAAGGCACCACCACCGACCUCGACCCUAUUGUCGAACCACCCGCCGCAGCCGCCCCCGCGGAAGAGAAGGUUGACGACGACCCGUGGGCGACCUUGGCGAGCGGCAAAAAGUCCAAGACCAAGAAGAAGAAUUUCUGGGACGCUGAGCCUGAGCCCGCGCCCGCCGCGCCUGAGCCGGAGCCCGUGAAAGAGGAGAAAGUCGACGAUGAUCUGUGGGCAUACGGCACAAAUUCCAAAGCCGCGAAGAAGGCGGCCAAAAAGUCCGCGAAGGCCGGCAAGGAGGACGAGAAGGCGGCAGAUCCGCCAGUGACUGCUUUGCCUGAACCUCCUGUCGAAGCUACGGCGGACGAUGUCGACGGCUGGGGCGUCUCGACUUCCAAGAAGGACAACAAGAAGAAGAAGACUACCGCUUUUGACUGGGGCAGCGUCGACCCCGAGCCCGUCCCCGACCCUCCUGCCGCCGCCGCGACCAUCGAGACCGACCCUUGGGCCGACGCGAUGUGGACCGACACCAAGAAGUCGAAGAAAGGUAAGAAGGGCGCGCUGAUCGACGAGAUUCCCCCGCCUGCGCCCGAGCCGGUGGUCGAAGAGAAAGCCGCCGACGACGACUGGUACGGCACGAGCAAGAAGGACAAAAAGGACAAGAAGAAGGGCAAGGCCGAGCCGGAACCCUCUCCUCCUCCCACCGCUACGAAAGAGAAAGUCGUCGUUGUCGAAGAGGCGAAACUGGAAGACGACGACUGGGCGAGCACGUGGACUACCGGCACGAAGAAGAAGGACAAGAAGAGCAAGUCCAAGGGGAUCACGGAGAUUGUCGAAGAGGCGCCUGCUGAGCCGCCCAAGGCUGAGAAGGUGGAGGAGAAGGCGGCUGAGGAGGACGAUCUUUGGGGCAGCUGGGGCACGAAGAAGGAUAAGAAGAAGGCUUCCAAGAAGGGGGCUGUUGAUGCGCCGCCGCCUGCUCCUACGCCGCCUGAUCAGGGACUUGAUGCGCCUUUGGUUGAUCUUGAUGAUCCUUGGGGUGGGUUGAGUUCGGGGAAGAAGAAGUCUUCUAAGGAGAAGGAGAAGGAGGCUAAAGAGAAGGAGAGGGAAAAAGAGAAGGAGAAGGAGGCUAAAGAAAAGGAGAAGGAAAAAGAGAAGGAGAAGGAGAAGGAGGAGAAGAAGGACAAGGACAAGGACAAGAUCAAGGAGAAGGACAAGGACAAGGAGAAAGACAAGGACAAGGACAAGGACAAGGACAAGGAGAAAGACAAGGACAAGAAGGGCUUGCUGAGUCGAGGCAAUUCCGCAUCUGAAGUGCCAAAGGCCGACGACAGCAAGAUCAGCAAGACCAAGUCCAAGGACUCAAAGAGCAGCGCUGCCGAUGACAUCCUCGCCAUUGUCGACGAAGAACCUCCAUCUCCGAAAGACGACAAGAAAGCUUCGUCAAAGGCAGGAUGGAGCAGUCUGUGGGGAAGCAGCAGCAAGACCACCACGAAGACUUCUUCCAAGGAGUCGGAGAGGGAGCGCAGAGAGCGAGAGCGUCUGGAAGAAGAGAAGAAGGCCGAAGACGAGUUUGCGGCCCUGCUCGGCGACGACAUGGACGAUCUGCUGCCUACCGAAGAGCCAUCGAAAAAGUCUACCAAAGACUCCAAGUCAAGCAGCAGCAGCACGAAGAAGCCCGCCGACAAGCUGUCCAAGAGCGACAGCAAGUCCAGCAAGAAGUCGGACACCAGCAAAGACGACGCCGCCGCGACCUCCACUGCAGUGCCCGACAUCGUCGAUUCGCCCGUCAAGGCCGAUGGUUGGUCGUUCUGGGGUUCGUCGAUGAAAGCAUCGACCAAGGCAAAGGAAAUUAGCAGCGGCGCGCAGACCACCAAACGCACCUCGCUCGAGGAUCAGGCCAAGGACACUUUGGAUGACGAACUGUUGACGCCACCGUCUACCAAGACGGCAAGCAAGACAAAGAGUAGUACCAAAGCCAGCGCGACGGCCACGUCGACGAGUGUCGUGCAAGAACGCGUCAAGGCGUUGCAGGGCGAGAAGGAGAAGGACGCGAAGGAGAAGGGGGAAAGUGGAGCGAGCGCUAGCGCGAAACGGUCGACAAAGGACGCUAGCGGCACGUCCGCCCCGCCUCCACCAGCUUCCCCAGUUUCUGCCGCUCUUCCAGACUCUCUUUCGCCCGACGACAAGAAGUCUUCUUCCAAGAAGACCGCGACGGCCGUCGAGACCUCGUCGUCCUCGACUAUCAAAAAGGACAGGAAGGACUCGGCGUCGCCGAAGUCGGGCUCUCCUUUGCCAGGUGGCUUCCCCGGUGACGACCUCUUCGACUCGCCCGAAGAGACGAUGGCGCCCUUGCCCAAGAAAUCGAGCAAGAAGUCGACUACGAAGUCUUCCUCGAAGAAGGACGCCUCUCCAGUCCUCGUGGACGCGCCCAUGAUCGAUCUGCUCGGCGACGACACCAAACUCCCCACCCCUCCACCCGAGAAGCUUGCGAAAGACGACUCCAAAUCAUCGAAGAAGGAACGCCCCAAGGUCGUCCGCGACCAGCAGUCUUCCUCUUGGGGCUUCUGGAGCGCCGCCGCGCCGCCAGCAAAAGAGAAGAAGUCUUCGAAAGAAGGAUCAAAAGAUGGUGAUAUCUCUCCGACCGAGAAGAAGCCGUCGUUGCAGCGGUCCAAGUCUGAACGCAAGAGUUCGGAGAGGGAUAUCGUCGACAAGUCUCCUGGUUCUGACAAGGAAGCCAAGGGCUCCAAGUCGCGACCGAGCACGUCACGUGGCUUGAGUUUUUCCGGCAUGUUUGGAGGCGCACCACCGCCUUCACGAACCAAGUCGACGCGCGAUCGUCGUGACUCUCGCCGGCAGUCUGUUGCCGUGGGAGACACUUCUCUCCCAUUGUCUCCUCCUCCCGAGGAUAUGAAGCCAAGAGACAUGCCUGAGAAGGCCGCCAGGAUGAUGGGCGUCGAGCGCAGCAAGCCCUCACGUGACAAGCCAAAGUCGCGCAAGACUCCCGAUCCCUACGCUCUCGACGACGACGACCUGCUGGUUGAUACCAAGGAAGACUCUGCCAGGGAUGUUCCGCAGUCUGACAUUCCAAGGGAAAAGAAGUCGAGCAGAUCCAAGCGGCAGCCGGUCGUGAUGUCCGGUGGCCUCGGCGAGCCGGAUGAUGUGCUCAUGGGCGAUGCUCCGCGGCCAUCCGAUGAUUCGGACGGCUUGGUCAAGCGUCCUUCGAAUGCGCGAAAAUCAACUUCAGGCGCGAAAGUGGGCGGUCUCAUCGGUGGUCUGUUCGGCGCCAUGGGCGCUCGCCCCACUCCCGACCGUCGACAGAGCAGGGUUUACGAGAGCGAGGACGUGGAUCCGCGGCGUAGACGAGCGACGACUUAUGAUGAUGACGCGGCGAAGCGACUCCGCCGCGAAGACCGUCAAGUCCGUCGAUCGCGUCAAGCGCCCGAUGGCGAUCUACCCGCCGAUGCUGUCCUCACCACAGACGCCGAAGCCGCAGAAGCGAAAGAGGCUCGGCGGGCCGAGCGCCGGGAGAGAAGAGAUCGAGAAGCGGCCGAAGAUGCGGAACGAGCUGCCCGGCGUCGGGAGAAAGAGGAGUCGCGCAGAGUGAAAGAACGGGAUGAUCGUGACAGGCUGGACAGAGAAGAGGAGGAGCGACAGGCGCGGAAGGAAGACGAGCGCAGGGCUCGACGUGAGGCUCGGCGCGCUGAAGAAGAUCGCGCCGCGGCGCAAGAAGAAGCACGAGACGCCGAGCGCCGGGAUAGAAGGCGUGAUCGCGAGCGCCAACAGCAACGCGAAGUCGAGGACACGGCUGCUGCUACCUCUACCCGACCGCGAACCGAUCGCCGCCGCUCAUAUAUGCCCGACCCAGCGGAGGAAGAAGCGCGCCAGCUCCGUCGCGACGAGCGCCGCAUGCGCAAAUCCGCCGACGUCUCCGCUCCCAACGGUAAAGACCGCCCGCGUACUUCUCGCCGCCGCUCCGAUUACCCCGCCCCCGUUGCAGAGGAAUACUUCGACCGCCGCAACAGCGAGCAAGCCUCCUCACGUGCACGCCCUCCGUUCGCCAAAGUCGCAAGCGGCAACGACAAGACUUCCUCGUGGGUGAAUUCUGUGAAUCAAGACCCGCCUCCGCCGCCGCCCAUCGUGGGAACCAUCGUCGAUGGCCCCGUGCAUCAUCCUUCGGCGGCAGAUCCAGCUAUGGAUGAGGAGACGACUGCGCGCGAGCUCAGGCGCAAGCGGAGAAAGGAACGCGAGGCGUAUGGUGGCGGUGAUGAUGCCGCUUACCGCCCGCGCCGACGCGACGAUCGUGAUUUCCAGCGUGAGAGCGAUGGCAGCUCGCAUGAGCGGCGCAAGAGCUAUGCUGGUGGGUAUGGAGAUCGGGGAUACGAUGCUCGGCCUGCUGCUCCCGUGAGACGAGAGAGCUGGUUUAAGAAGCUUGCGGGCUUUUGA